AUGGCGAGAUCCUUGAAUAUUUGUUUAUUCUUAUUCAUUUCUUCGACAUCAAAGCUAACCACAAGCUAUCCUCUCUCCACAAAGUCUCGAUGGAUCGUGGACGAAAAAGGCCAAAGGGUGAAACUAGCUUGCGUGAACUGGCCUGCUCAUCUCCAGCCUACGGUAGCUGAAGGGCUAAGCAAACAACCAUUAGACUCCAUCUCCAAGAAGAUUGUCUCAAUGGGUUUUAACUGCGUUAGGCUCACUUGGCCUCUUGAUUUGAUGACUAACGACACAUUGGCCCUUAAGGUUACUGUUAAACAGUCUUUCGAAAGCUUGAAGUUGUUUGAAGAUGUUCGUGGGAUUCAGACUCACAAUCCCAAAAUCCUUAAUCUCCCCCUUCUCAACGCAUUCCAGGAAGUGGUAUCGAACCUAGGACAAAACGGAGUGAUGGUGAUACUAGAUAACCACUUGACAACCCCAGGCUGGUGCUGUGGCGAGAAUGACCUCGACGCCUUCUUCGGCUACCCUAACUUUGAUCCCAAAGUCUGGGCCAAUGGCUUGAGCAAGAUGGCUACUCUGUUCAAAAGUGCCACUAAUGUCGUUGGUAUGAGCCUUAGGAACGAGCCACGUGGCACUAGAGAUUACCCUGACCUUUGGUUCAGGCAUAUGCCACAAGGAGCAGAAGCAGUGCACGCCGCAAACCCUAAAUUACUAGUCAUCCUCUCCGGCAUCGACUUCGACACAAAUCUCUCUUUCCUCCGUGACCGUUUCUUCAACGUAAGUUUCACCGACAAACUCGUCUUCGAGCUCCACUGGUACAGCUUCUCUGACGGCGGAGACUCGUGGAAAAAAUACAACUCUAACGAUUUCUGCGCCAAAAUCAUCUCAAAAGUUACACACAACGGAGGAUUCUUAGUAGGGAGAGGCUUUCCUUUGAUCUUGAGCGAGUUUGGGACUAACGAGGGAGGCGGUGACAUCAGCGGAAACCGGUAUAUGAACUGUUUGGUGGCUUGGGCGGCUCAGAAUGAUUUGGAUUGGGCGGUUUGGGCGUUAACCGGAGAUUAUUAUUUGAGAAACGGACCUGGACUACAAUCCAAGAACGUUCUCUUCCAUCCAUCAUCUGGACUUUGCGUCACUAAUAAUCCCUCAGACAAAUCACCCACACUUCGAUUAGGACCAUGCCCUAAAGCCGACACAUGUGCGUUCAACACCAACGAAGGCAUUCUUUGGGUCAAUAAAAUGUGCGUGCAAACUCCGAGCUUUGCUGGACAAAAGGUGGAGCUUGGAGUUGGCACUAACUGUUCUAAGCUGGGACAAAUCGCAGCUACCAAGAUGCAUUGGUCGUUCAAGACAAGUAAUGGUUUGUUGCUAUGUCUUGACGUGGACGAACGUGACAACAGCAUCGUCGUUAACCCUUGCAAGUGUUUGACCAAGGAUGGUUCGUGUGAUCCAGCUAGCCAAUGGUUCAAAGUUCUUUAA